GGGAGUUCCGUCCUGCUCAUGAAGCCACCUCAUGUUAUCUAUGUUCUUCUCGAUUUAUGUACGAGAUUGAAAGCAUUACAUUCUACUUGAGGGAUGUUGGCGACCAUGGAGAAGUGGGACUCGUAGCUUGCCAAUGGCGAUCAAGGAAUCAUGAUCCAUAAAGAGAAUCAUCUUUUAUGUCUCGGCAUCCGGGAGUUGUGAUUCAUUUAAGGCGGGACGGUAAAUGUGGGAUUCCACCAUUAACCGUUUGCGUAUGGGGUGAACGAAGUCAGCUUCAAUCCACGAUCGAAAACAUUACACAUUGUAAUGAAUGGUAUUGGUGCUACCAAUGUCGCAGACCGCACACAUUAGACUCUAACGUUGUCGUUUCAUCGUCUUCGCCGCCUCCCAGGAUUCACCACAAUCCAGGCCAUACAACAAUCAGAUUCACUGACACGCUUAUCUGCGGCCUUGAUGAUUGUCAUUGGUGUUGCUGAUGUCACAGACAUCAUCUUCUGUUCUCAACCCCCCUCUUUCUGGGUGUAGUUGCGAGGACGAUGAAUUCAGGUCAGCGAUUCAAUUUCAAACUACCAUCGUUGUUUACAAGGAUGCAGAUAGAGAAUCACUUGCGCGCCUUAGUAUUCCUUUUUCGAAACCAUGGCCGACUGAAGUUGCGGAUCCGGUGGGAGGAUAUUAUCUCACGAGAAUCGUAGAUUUAAUAUAUCAUAUAGAAGUGAAGGAAAUACUCGUGGGUUUAAUAGGAAGGGUGAAAAUAAAUGAUCUGACAAGGUAUGGGAAUGGGGAAUGCAGAAUAUGUUUGGAAGAGUAUGAGGCCGGAGAGGAAGGAAGCGAGUUACCUUGUAAGCAUAUAUAUCACAGCGAAUGUAUUGCUUCAUGGCUGAUGAAGAAUUACGCUUGUCCUGUUUGUAGACUUGAUUUGUGUUUACCUACAAACAGUACUGUACGGGACGAGCCUCAGCCGUCUCGGAGAAGGACUUUUAUACAAAGGUGGGAGCUUAUGCAGCUUUCUGUGAUGCCGCAUUUGAGACAUUUAGUAAUCAAAUUGAGGCUCAUUCUGUAUCCAGCAGGAUUGUGGCCUACAAUAUAAUUAGAGCAACUCUGAAAAUCAACUCAUGGAAGAAUUGAACGUGCUAAUUUGCAUGUCUGGGGCAUAAAUUACAUAAACAUUAACUUAAUAAUUAUACGUAAAUAUUUCAACUUACAUUAUUAUUAGUAUUCAAAUUUCUUGUCCAGAAAUCCUACUUUACAUUACCAUUAUUCAAAUUAAAUCUAUAUAACGG